AUGCCCGUCAACAAGGCCUGCGUCGCCAUCAUCAAGGGCGACAAGAUGGGCUGCCUGAUGUGGCAGGCCGUCGAGGAGGGCUGCCCCGGCACCGCCCAGGACAAGCCGACCUGCAAGGCCGGAUACGUAUACCUCGGGGACAACUCGAACGACGCGAAGCACGUCAUCCUGGUGGCCACCAGCCCCGUGAGGGGCCUGGAGGACGUCCACACGCCCGCCGUGCAGAAGGCCACCGGGCACCUGUUCGCCUCGUUCUGGGCCGACUCGCUGCCGGCCGUGAGGAAGACAGGCAGGAACUACGACCGCGGCUUCGAUGACGUCACCACUGCGGCCCUGGCGAUCAACCCGCCCUACUUCCGCGAGUUCCACCAGAUGCACAUCCACUCUGGCAGGCGCCUGCCCGGCAUCGACAAGUGCAUCAGCAGCUGGGCACCCGGCCCGUUGGGCGUCUGGCAGAAGCCCUUCCUCUGCAGCGGCCUGCACCCCAGCCAGCCGCAGAACCAGGACGACGCCGUACUUUUCCGCACCACGGUCAGCAGCCUCGACGACAUCUGGACCCUCUACAACAGCGGCAUCGCCACGCCAGAGAUGGCCAACACGCUCGCCGCCGCCGGUGGCAUCCCCCCAAACAAAGCUGCCUACCACGUCGGCAUGCUGGUGACGCAGCCGCCCGCGUGGCACAAGAAGAAGGAGUUCCUGGUGGUCCUCUUUGCCCCCAGCACCAAGGCCGCCAAAAACCCUGACCUGGGCAAGCUCGGCCGCGGCCAGUUCAUGACCAACAACGUGCAUUGA